GGACUUGGGGAGUCUUGUCUGUUGGAUGCUGCUGCUAUCCUUGGGCUGCAGGUGGGAUUCUGCCUGGUUCCCACAGGGCUGAGAGCUGGGUCUGGAUUUGACCUCUACCCCACGAAUUUUGGAUGUUUGGGGCACAAAAUGCCAUAGAGUAGGUUUUGGAAGCACAGUCUUGGGCACAACAUGAGACAGCAGCAGCGAUGGCAACACUCUACCCCUCCCUGGAGGACAUGAAGGGCCACCAGGUCCUGCAGGCACAGGCAGCAGCUGGGGUGAGGACCCCUGCCACCACAGUGGUCACAGAGAAGCCAAAACUCACCUCGGGCACUGAGCCACCUGUGCUGUAUCCCAACCUAGCUGAGCUGGAGAACUACAUGGGGCUGGCGCUCUCCAGUGAGGAGAUCCAGAAGAACCUGGGCACAGAAGACAGCACCGCACUGACCCCCGCAGGGCCCUCCCCAGGCCAGCUGGUCGCCCCCCUGAGUGGGAACAGCGCGGGGCUGCGGCGGGCAGAGAUCAAGCCAGGUGUGCGGGAGAUCCACCUGUGCAAGGACGAGCGGGGCAAGACGGGGCUGCAGCUGAAGAACGUCGACCAGGGCAUCUUCGUGCAGCUGGUGAAGGCCAACUCACCGGCAGCGCUGGUGGGGCUGCGCUUCGGGGAUCAGGUGCUGCAGAUCGACGGCAAGAACUGUGCAGGCUGGAGCAGUGACAAGGCACAGCGUGCACUGAAGAAGGCGAACCCUGAAAAAAUCGUCAUGGUGGUGCGGGACAGGCCUUUCCAGCGCACUGUGACUGUGCACAAGGACAGCACUGGCCACAUUGGCAUUGUGGUGAAGAAGGGGAAGAUUGUGUCACUGGCCAAGGACAGCUCAGCCGCCCGCAAUGGGCUCCUCACCCACCACUGCAUCUGUGAGGUGAACGGCCAGAACGUCAUUGGCAUGAAGGAUAAGCAGCUCAUGGAGGUGCUGGCAGGGGCUGGGAACGUGGUGACACUGACCAUCAUCCCCACUGUGAUCUACGAGCACAUGGUCAAACGGCUCUCAUCAGGGCUAGUGAAGUCAUCCAUGGACCACUCCAUCCCUGACCUGUGACACCACCGCUGCUGUUCCAGGAGCUGAUGCUGGAGGCCCAGGAGGCCUGCUGAGGGGACCCCACAGCACCUCCAAAGGAGCUAUUUUAGCACAAAACCCCUUAUCCCUUCAGAGUCUGGUGGCUGCUGGGUGAUUCUUCCUCUCCGCAGCAGGAACGGGGCAGAUGUCCUGUACCAGGGUCCCAUUGUCCCUGUGUCCCUGCUUGGGCCACCCCCUCAGGGAGGAUGGCAAGGGCUGGCUCCAGCCAAAGCAGACAUAGACCCAGCAACAUUUAUUACAUCCACCACAGACAGCGAGUACAGGACAGGGGAAACAAGAAGAGGGGGGUUACAGCUUGUUCAGUUCUGUAUUUAAAAAAUAUAUUAUAUAGAUUUGUCUUUCAAA